AUGUCGUUUUCGACCAUUUACUUUGAGCAGAACGACCAGUUCUAUCUACCCCAGCUCCACGCUUCGUUCAGACUUUCACCCCAAACUACCAUGAAAUUCACGAUCUCUUUCGUCGUUGCCGCCCUUGUUGCUGCCCUCGCGUCUGCCACCCCUGUUCCCCUUGAAGCUCGCGAGCCUGCUCCUGCAGCCAACCCCGACCCUCAAUGCGUCCGCAGGAUCUGUCCUUAG